AUGAAAAUUUCUAACAAGACAUUUAUUGUUACCGGUGGUGCAUCCGGAUUAGGUGAAGCAACUGUUAGACAUUUAGUUUCAUUAGGUGCUAAUGUAGUUAUAUUUGAUCUUGGAGAUGCUAAAGGAAAAUUAUUAGAAACAGAAUAUUUAAAUAAGGUUAAAUAUGUUCAUGUUGAUGUUUGUGAUGAAAAUCAAGUUCAAGAUGGUAUUGAUCAACUUGUUAAAACUUUUGGAAAUACUUUAUAUGGUGUUAUUAAUGCUGCUGGUAUUGGUGAUCCAUGUAGAGUAUAUAAUCCAAAGAGUGGAAUUGUUCAUUCAUUAAAAUCAUUUAAUAAGGUAAUGAAUGUUAAUGUGACAGGUACAUUUAAUGUAUUAAGAUUGGCAGUUCAACAAAUGAUGAAACAAAAUGCACCAUUAUGUGGUAAAGAUCAAGAACGUGGUAUUAUAAUUAAUACAGCUUCUAUUGCUGCUUAUGAAGGUCAAAUUGGACAAGCAAGUUAUUCUGCAAGUAAAGGUGCAAUUGUUUCAAUGACUUUACCAUUAGCAAGAGAAUUGAGUAUGUAUAAUAUUAGAUGUGUAACUAUUGCUCCUGGUUUAUUCCUCACACCAAUGUUAAUGAGUUUGGGUGAAAAAGUUAGAGAAUCUUUAGCUAAACAAGUUCCAUAUCCAAAAAGAUUAGGUGAACCAAAUGAAUAUGCUUCACUUGUUCAAUUCUUAAUUGAAAAUUCUUUAAUGAAUGGUGAAGUUGUUAGAAUGGAUGGUUCAAUUAGAAUGUCAUCUCUUUAA